AUGCCGCCCCGCCGCUCAGCGUGCCCCGUUACCAGAAGUACCCCCUGGGCGACGGCACCUCCUCCCUGCUGGCGGAGGCCCUGCAGAUGCACUCUGCCCUGUUCCUGCCCGAGGUGGACGUGGGUGCCCCCCCUACCCCCACCGGCAGCUUCGGGGGCUUCUGGAGGGGCAGCGAGCCGGGAGAGCCCCACUCCUGCCAGCACCAGCGAAGUCGUCAAGAUCCUGGAGCGCUGGUGGGGCCCGAAGCGCAUCGACUACUCGCUGUACUGCCCUGAUGCCCUGACCGCCUUCCCCACCAUCACCCUGCCCCACCUCUUCCACGCCAGCUACUGGGAGUCCUCCGACGUGGUGGCCUUCAUCCUGCGCCAGGUGAUGGAGAAGGAGGGGCCGCAGCCAGCGGAGAGCGAGGAGAGCUCUAUCUACAGCCCCGCUAUCCCCCGGGAGAAGUGGCAGCGCAAGCGCACCCAA